AUGCCUCCCUAUGAAGCUCUAUACGGAAGGAAAUGUCGGACCCCUCUUUGUUGGAGUGAAGUUGGUGAAAUAAAGCUUGUUGGUCCUGAAAUUGUGCAACAAACAGAGGACAAGGUGUCUCCAUGGAAAAAGAUUAUGAGAUUUGGCCAAAAAGGAAAACUUAGUCCCCGAUUCAUUGGACCUUAUGAGAUACUUGAAAGGAUUGGACCAGUUGCAUAUAAAUUAGCUUUGCCACCGGAGUUGGAGAAGUUCCACAAUGUCUUUCAUGUUUCUAUGCUCAGAAGAUAUCGUUCUGAUCCAUCGCAUGUUCUUCCAGUUGAAUCUAUUGAGGUUAAUCCUGACUUGACCUAUAAUGAAGAACCUAUCCGGAUUGAAGCUCGAGAAGUAAAGCAACUUAGAAACAAGAGAAUUUCUUUAGUAAAGGUUCUUUGGAGGAACCAUUCUGGAAAGGAAGCUACCUAG